CUCUUGGUAAGGCAGGACAUCAUCUCACUACAUUGUGUUAGUAUCCAUUAAACCAUUUAACGAAAUAUAACGAACUCCAAGGAUCUAUUUGGGCGGAGGCAUGGACCAGAUGCGGAAUUGACGCGAGCAAACUUGCCCUUUGCAUAUACUGUUUCCUUCAAUGUCUUCGUCGCUGUAUGCUUUAAUUCGUGAAUCCCCUCCAGGGGAGGUCAAUGAGGUCGUGAAAGACCUUCAAGCCUUGGGCCUAGACAAUCAAGUGGAAAUUGAGCGAAACAUCCUCGCAUAUCAUGAACAAAACAAUUCAAUUGUCACAUUGAAGUUGGAGGAUGGGAUGACGCACGCUUGUGUUUUGUCGAGUCAUUGCAAACUUCCAGACAACCGUUAUUACGAUCAAGUGCAACAAAAGUCAUUCUCUGUAUCUGUGGAUGACAUGACCGCUUCAGACAUCGAAGCUUACUCUGAGAAACCUGAGAUUGAUGAGAAGAUUCUCACACAGUUGAAGGCUGUUGUACAGAAACACUAUCUCUCAGGUCCUGCGUACUCGGUGUUCGUGGAUGAGACCGCUCCAAAAGUCCUUCAUAUUGUGCUUGUGGCCUCUAAAUACAAUCCUAACAACUUCUGGAACGGCAGUUGGCGUUUAAAUGCGACGUACAGCAUUGAAGAAAAAACUUUGAAGGGAUCAGUUUAUGCUCGUGUCCAUUAUUAUGAAGAUGGAAACGUGUGGUUAGAUUCUACAAAAGACUUUUCUUCGACAGUGGAAAAUGAUUCAGGACUUGAACAAGCUCUCGAGAAGGUAGAAAAUGAAGCACAAAAAUCCAUCAACUCUCAGCUUGCUGGCUUAAACAACGGAAUGUUUAAGACACUUCGCCGCCAACUUCCAGUGACUCGUCAACGCAUUAACUGGGAGAAUGUCAACAGCAUGAGAAUGGCUAAUGCUUGAUAAUGUCCGGCUCACAUCUUUUGGCUACCUUAUGAUACAAGAUGAUACUUAAAUGCAUUAUACGAAAAUAACAAACAUUAAUCCUAUCUCGACAUGAUAAAGACCACACAAACGAGAGUAAGGAAGCCAGGUUAUGUGUGUGACGCGUAAACACCGAUUAUUUAUCAAGUUUAUAUAAGAAAAAAUAGUCCAAAUAUUGUA